GGUCAAGGUUUCAAUUGAGUGUAUUGGAGGACUAAUGUUGUGUCUGUCUUUCACAAUAUAGUGGUCUGUUGUAGCGUUCGAUCAGUGUAACUGUUAGCUUCCUCCUCCUACGAUACUGAGUGUACAUUUAUAAAAUGUCUUACAUUUAUUAGAUUUAUUUUUAAUAAUACAGAUCAAUUCAGACGUUAGUCUUAAAUGCAUGUCUUAUCAUUGCCAUAUACAACGUGACUACUACUCCGCGUCCUAUCUUUACACUUGACGUCUAGAUUAUAUUUUAUGACAACAAUACACAGACAGCAGCACAACGAUAUAAUCCCAAUAAUGAUAAAGAAAUCAAUCAUUAAGCAUUUGUGAGGACGGACUAAAAACGACACUAAAUGAUUGUGGCAUUGGCAAAUGGCAAAGUUAAGUCUCACACUUGCAUUCGUAUUACAAUGCAUUGCGGGGAAUGUGUAUUCAUCAGUCUACUGUCCCUCGCAUUAACAUCAGGGAUGGUUUUCCAAGUGAUUACAUCAAGUUCUGUGAACGCUUAAGCUAUCUCACUCACUCUGGUCAACAUAUAGGGUGUUGUCCUGCCCAUUGAAAUCCUUUCAGCUCAUGGUACAAACGUCACAGAAGGGCCGUCUUCAUCACCCCACCCGCUGUGAGCCUGCCUACUGUGGGGGCAGAGUUCAGCAACAGUACAGUACACACAAUUGUUGCCCUUUUACAAAUAGAUUCCAACACUCCAGGAUGACUUUGCUGGCUGCAGUUGUGCUGCUUUGCCUCUCUGGGUGGGUCGCUCUUUACGUGAUCCUUUGCAACAUCAAUGGCUCCCGGGGCUAUGAAUGGAACUGCCGGCUGGUGACCCUGCUGCAUGGCGUGCUAGUUGUCUGCAUCACAGCCUACAUCGGCUAUGUGGACGGACCCUGGCCCUUCACAUACCCAGGCACAAAGAACACCCCUCUGCAGAUCAGCGCCAUGGUCCUGAGCCUGAGCUACUUCAUCUUCGACAUGGUGUGGUGCAUGUACUUCCGCACGGAGGGCCCCGUCAUGCUGGCCCACCACACGGUCAGCAUCCUGGGCAUCAUGGUCACACUGUGGCUGGGCGAGUCGGGCGUGGAGUCCUGCGCCGUCCUCUUCGGCAGCGAGAUCACCAACCCCCUGCUGCAGGCGCGCUGGUUCCUGCGCCGCACGGGCCGCUACGAGACGGCGCUGGGCGAGGCCGUGGACCUGGCGUUCGUGCUGCUCUUUGUGUUCAUGCGGGUGUUUGUGGGCGGGGCCAUGCUGUACUGCGAACUGAUCUCGCCCCGGCCCCGCUUCUUCAUCAAGUGCGGCGGCGUGGCCAUGUACGCGCUGUCCUGGGUGUUCAUGGUGGACAUCUGGCGCUUCGCCAAGCGGAAGUAUGGGAGCAAGAUGGCGCAGUGGAGAGAGCAGGGAGCCAGGAGCCUGAAGAACGGGGCGGUGGUGGGAGACGACGCUCAUGAAGGGAAACUUGACUGAAAUUUCUGCCACUUUUUCAACACUGUUUUUGUUGUUGUUGUUGUUGAUGUGGUUUUGCUCAUUUUGGAAUUGACAUGGACAAAGGGAGCGUGCAUUUGUCUACAUGACUGUCAACUGUACUGUACAAGUGAUUUCAGAAUAUUGCUUUUGCUUCAGAUGUUACCGCGAAUACUGCUUAGUUUGGUCGUGCAUAAAGGACCUAGACCGAAGAGGAAAGUAUGUUGCACAAGGUUAAGAGUGAUUCUUAAGAGGCUUAUCUCAUUCCAAUUUAAGGGACCAUAGGUCUAAUGACCAACUGGGCUGCUGGCUAUUACUAUGAAUGGAUGUCCCCAAGAGACAUAUUUUAGGGUGGGAAGAUGUGAGUGAUUAUAUUUCGGGAUAUAAUUCACUUUUGUGUGAUGACAGUGAUGCAUAGUUUGUGGAAAAACUAGUUCUGUCAUUUGUGAAAAAGAAAUGUAUGUGUGAAAUCAUCUCUGCCACAAAUCUUUGUCAGUAUUCUCUUGAAGCCUGUGUUUGGUCCUAUCACUGAAGUUCGAUCCACAGAUUUUGUCAAGAUUUUCAAUAUUAUCAAUAUGGUGCAAUGAAUAAUCUUUUACUUUCUUUUUGAUAAUGACUAAUUUGUACGUUUGUCUUAAAGUCUGACUCCUGUUUGUGUUGAGAAAGCAUAGUGAGUCUCAAAAAAACACAAUUUCAUGACUUUCUUGGCUUUUAACAAAACGUGUUUGCUUGAUCCUUGUUAAAUACAAAAGGAAAACAUUCAUGUGAUAGGGGUGGCUGAUUUAUGUUUGCAUUGGCUAGUGCAUCGGCAAUGUAUGAGAACACUCGCAGAAAAACCUAUUGAUGGUGUAAAGCAAGUGAGAAAUAAUUAAUUGGGAGAGAUAAUAUAUAUAUCUUAAUGGAAACAUUUCAGAAUAUCUAAUUUAUGCUAGUGUCUUUCACCAUUAUUAUAUAUUUAAUUCAACUUUAUAGUCUAGCAAAAUGCUUGAGACAUUACUAAUUCAUUUUCAUAGUGGACUUCUUCCAUUUCAAUGGUGCUUAUGAAUGGAUCAUGUGAUCAAUACUUUGUCUAUAUAGACAAAUGUUUUUUGUGCCUUAAAUCUGAAUGUACUUACCUAAACAUGUUGUUAAAAAAGUGUUGUGAUGUAAUACAAUUUCCUUAAAACACAUGUGGGAGUAAUAAAAUGAUUUUGAUAACUUUUGACCAUUUAUGUAGAUAUUUUUCAACUACCGUUUUUAGUCUCGCAGGUGGUAUUGUGUAACAGGUUGCUUUUCCAUUUCAAUAAAGGCUACCUUACGUGUCCA